ACAAGACUAGCUAAUAUUUAAUCAAACCUUUUAGAAUUCAUGUUCUAACACAUUUUCUAGAAACUUAUCUGGAUAAAGUAGUUAUCAUUAUUAUGUUCAUAAUGUUAAUUUUUUAAUCUAUGUGUGGCAAAUAAUUGCAAUAACUUACCAGACAUGGAAUUUAAAGAGAAGCACAUUCCAACACAACCUUCAACCAAAGUACCAGAUAGACCAUUAACAGUUUCUCAUUCCUCUGAGCCCCAAGCAGAAGGUGAAGUAGAUCUAGACGAAGAUGAAAUAUCUCAACAAAUGACACAAUCUUACAGUGAGAUUUCGUUUAAAUCUGGUGGUCAGAGUCCUGAAGAUGACAUUCCUAUGUCUUCAACCCUAGAGUCACUACAAAUCGGAGAAGAGGUUAAAAGACCCAUGACUUUGCCCUACACAAAUCCAAAACCGUUAAAUUUGGAAGGUUCUGUACAUAUUGAGGGAAACAUGACGCAUUUUGUAGCAGAAGAGAUUGAGCAAAAAAUCAGACUGUCUAGCCCUGUUUCUAAAAAAGAUACUCCAGGUGUCAGUACUUCAAGAACAUGUACCCCUAGUCCGCUAUACCGCCAGCUAUUAAUACCGCAGGUUGGCCAACUGGAUUCUGCUUUAAUAAAUGAUCUAGAAGUAGAGGCACACAGAAUGGCAACAUCUGUAGAUAGCUUGAUUGAAAACUUAUGUGAAAUUCUACAUUCCAUCUCUUCAAUAACUGCUGACAAUGUUGAUGUAUACAAAAAUGCUGUUUCCAAAAUGUCUGAUGCCAUGGAUGGUAAUAUUAAGAGUAUGUAUACAAUGAUGGCCAAAGCUGAAGAAGUGACACAAUCUAUGAAGAUUGUGGAAGGCUUGUCUGUUCGUAUUAAGGAAAUAAAGAGAUUAGUUGAUUUAUUUGAGAGCUUCGUAUAAACUGUGAUAUAAUUUUUAUUGUUAUUUAUGUAUUAUAUUAUUUUAUUUAUUGCUUCAAUGAAGUUGAGAUAGUGUGUAAGGUAUACACUGAAUUAUGUAAUUUGCAAAUAAAUAAAAAUAAUUGAUUCUACAA